AUGAGUAAAGGAUUUAUUAUUCUAGUGGGAUAUGGUUUAUUACUCUUGGUUUUGUCAAUCUCGCGAAAUAUUCACUGUUUGUUGUGCGAUGUCAGCAAGCCAUUCAAAGGUUUUCUGUCGCAUAUCCGGCAAAAGCACCUCAAUUACCAACGUUAUAAAUGCACGAAAUGUUUGUUUAAAUCUGAUGAUGAAAAUGACGCUAUCUUGCACUCUUUCGAAAAAAAUCAUGAUCUGAAGUUCGAUAAAGCUAACUAUCAAGAACACCUAGCAGUUAAAAUCUUCCGGGACUGCUGUAGUGAGCAAUUUGCUAUUCGACAUGGAAUGGGAAAGCAAGAAGACGUUAUCUCGGAGCUAUCAAAGAAAAGAAGCAAUUGGAAUUCAGGUCCAGAUAUUCGAAAGAUAUGUAAUUCAAAAAAAGCCAAGAAGAAGACGAAUGACCCAUGUUCCUCCAGUUUAUUGGAGCGUGAAGGAAAUUUGCAAAUGAUGCUGGAAAACCAAGAGAAUUGUGGAGUUGCUCCGAACCCAACAGAAUAUCCAAAUGAUGAAGAAAAACCCGAAUCGAGAAUUCACAUUACCAAAAUUAUUUCGAAGGCUACUGCUGAUCAUAGUGAAUCCUGUAAAUUAUCAGAACUUGAUAAGCAAACAGUUUAUGCCUCAGGAUUGUUCUCUGGCGCGUUGGAAAAUGCUAAAACUAUUAAUUCUGACAAACUUUUAAAUGCUUUUGCUGUUAAUAACGUUGUUUCGAUUGAUGGAGAAGGCAGCAGAUUCGACAUGAAGACUUCUGGUACUAAAAAACGGGCUGUAGAGAAUAAUUCUGUUUCAUUGGUUGCAACAUCGCAGUUCAACACUGCAUGUCAUAAAUGCGGCAGGGACGUGGGUGUCGAUUACAUUGCUAGGAAAACGCAUGCUUUACAAUUUCACUUUAGCCAAGAUGACGAUCCGGAAAUCACCGAAUUGCUACCAGCUACUGUAAAAGCUUGUUUUCCUCAUUCCUUAUCUUGGAGUGAUUAUCAGUGCACAGAGUGUGGAAAGACAUUGGGAACAUAUCGCAGUCGAAGAAACCAUGUUUUAAAAGAGCAUUUUUAUUGGUCUGCCAUCUGUCCACUCUCUGGUUGUACUACCGUUAUCAGUGCUCUUGACAGUCUAAAGAAACAUUUCAAGUUAGAACAUAAUAUUUCGAUAUUGAAAAUGUCAAAAGGAUUGAAACAGAAGCUUAGGAAGAUAGAGAAUGACCGAAAAAAUGAUUUACUUCACAAGUCAAGUCACUGUUUCCCCUGCUCGUUACCACCAAAGAGACAAGUUGCCGUCAAGGAGUCAGCAAAUGAUAGUAAGCAUUUACCGAAAUCAAGCAUUACAUCCGUUCUCUUUUCCCUCCUACAUCCUCAGCACAUUAACAUCGCGAAGAAAAAAAAUGUUGCAUAUUCAUCGUCUGAUACUGAAUCCAGUUCUGUAGAAAAUGAAGAUGAUUCAGGAAUGAAAGGCGAAAAGCAUGAUGUAGUGAAUGAAGAAAGUAAAAUGUAA